GGCGGGCAGGAAACGAACCCCCCGCGCGCGGGGAUCCUGACGCGAGACCAGGGGCAGGAUGGGAGGGGGAGGGCCCCGGCCCGGCCGCGAGCUAACUGACACGGUCACCACGACCACACAGCCGCACAGCCUGACAGCCACCCCGCGAUCGGCGUGCCACACACAUAAAAAAGCCACGCAGAAGUGGCAAAGCGCAGCGGCCCCGCAGGCAAGUCCACUGCCGUGUGUCACUCCUACCGCCGGCUGCUCUUCCCUCGGCUCUGCAGGCUGGCCGCCGUGUCCGGAACCGAUGGAAGCCGCCGCCGCCGUGGCGCGCCGCGCCGGGCUGCUCGCGCGGGCACGGCCCGGCAGCAGGCCACGCGUGCGGGCGUGGGAACGCGGCGUCGGCUCGGCGCCGCCCGCCGCCAGAAGAAGGCUGCUCGUCGCGUCCCUUGGGGUCGGGGAGCCACUCCCCGUGCAAUCAUCCCGGGGUGAGGAGGCCGUGGCGCUGGAGGUGCUUGAGGAUGACGAUGAGGCGAACUCCACUGUUCCUGCCGGAAACCUGCCUUACCCCGACGCUGACGAGAUCGCGCUAGUUCCCGGGAGCAAGAUGGUCCGCGUCAAGUUCGUGCUGAAGAAGCAGUGCGCGUUCGGGCAGCAGUUCCUCGUCGUCGGCGACGCCCCAGCGCUGGGCCAGUGGGAUCCGAGCAAGGCGACCGCUUUGGAUUGGUCGGAAGACCACGUCUGGACGGCGAAGACGGAUUUGCCGGCAAACAAGCUGAUCGAGUUCAAGUUCUUGCUGCGAGAUGCCUCGGGGCAUGUUUGUUGGCAGCACGGCGCUAACAGAACCCUGGAGACGACUGAAACUACAAAUAUCUUGGUCGUCUACGAAGACUGGGAUCACGCCAUGAAACAGAAAGUAUCGGAGGAGGAAGAGCUCUCGGCCGGGCCGGAAGAUGUGAUGUUUUCAGACGACCUUGCAGGAAUCAAUGGUGCAACCCUGGCACAUAUCAUAGCGGACGAGAACCUGAAGAAUCAGUCGGCAGCAGUAUUAGCAGAUGCUCCUCUGCAGGUGGUAGCAAAUGAAACGAACCAACCAAAGUUGAUGUUGGACAAAGACCAGACGGUUCUAGAAGAGCUCCGUGGAGAAGCAAAAACAGUAGCACAGAAGGGAAGGAACGGCGAUGGCACUACCUUAUGUCAGGAAGGCGCCCAGCUGGCAAAUAGGCCGCCAAGUAUAUUAGAGAACGACUUGGCCUGGGCCGGAAAAGCCAUGCAUCAGGUGCUCCGGAUCCUGGGUUUCCAGAUCGGCACAACAAAAACAUGAAAUUAGAAUCAGGAAUCUGUGUGUAUGUUGCAAACCUGCUGUUUUGGAGGAUAAGCUGUGCCCUCACCUCUUCAGUUCUACAUGCUGCAAGGAACGACAACACUGAGGAUUGCAAUUGCAGCAGGAAACAGCAGCUCUUUUCCCCUGCACUGUGUUGCAUAUAUCAAGGAGUAGUACUGCAAGUAUGUAUAGUUUAGAAAACAGUAACGAAUAAGCUGAGCACCAUCAACCUCAUAUCUGCUUGUCAUUAAGGCAGACUCCACCUGUCCAA